UCAUCACAGAGCAAGCUGGCGCUGCCAUCUCCUCGCCCAGCUCUCCUCCUGGGAGCCCAGCACCAUGCAGGACCCACCCCGGAGGCUUUUGGCCGUGCCCUUCCUCAGCAACUUCUUCCAGGGCCGUCGGCACUCGGCCUCAGACCCCAUCCUGCGGCUGCCGCCUGGGCAGUGUGGCUCUGCCACCAAGAUGCUCUCCUCAUCCUCUUUCCAGGUGAUGGUGGCGGUGUCCUCUGUCAGCUGUGCCAAGAGAAACCCACCUUGCCCCGAGAGAAAAAGAAAUACAGGACGUCCAACAGCAAAAUAUACAAAAGUUGGAGAGCGUUUGCGGCAUGUCAUUCCUGGACAUAUGGCCUGCUCCAUGGCGUGUGGGGGCAGAGCGUGCAAGUAUGAAAAUCCAGCCCGCUGGAGUGAGCAGGAGCAGGCCAUUAAGGGGGUCUACUCGUCCUGGGUCACAGAUAACAUCCUGGCCAUGGCUCGCCCAUCCACUGAGCUCCUCGAGAAGUACAGCAUCAUCGAGCAGUUCCAGAGCCAUGGCUUAAAAACAGUCAUCAACCUGCAGCGGCCCGGUGAGCAUGCCAGCUGUGGGAACCCUCUGGAACAAGAAAGUGGUUUCACAUACCUUCCUGAAGCUUUCAUGGAGGCUGGCAUUUAUUUCUACAAUUUCGGAUGGAAGGAUUAUGGUGUAGCGUCCCUUACCACCAUCUUAGAUAUGGUUAAGGUGAUGACAUUUGCCUUACAAGAAGGAAAAGUAGCUAUCCAUUGUCACGCAGGGCUUGGUCGAACAGGUGUUUUAAUAGCUUGUUACUUAGUUUUUGCAACAAGAAUGACUGCUGACCAAGCCAUUAUCUUUGUUCGGGCAAAGAGACCCAAUUCCAUUCAAACUCGAGGACAGCUAUUGUGUGUGAGGGAAUUUACUCAGUUUCUGAUUCCUCUUCGAAACAUAUUCUCUUGCUGUGACCCCAAAGCACAUGCGGUCACGUUAGCGCAGUAUCUGAUUCGCCAGCGGCAUCUGCUUCAUGGUUACGAGGCGCGACUUCUGAAACACGUGCCAAAAAUUAUCCACCUCGUGUGCAAAUUGCUGCUGGACUUAGCUGAGAACAGGCCUGUGGCGAUGCAAGAAGUGGCAAAAGUGCCUGGCCUCUCUGCCGAAAUUGAAAAGACCGUUUCUGAGGUGGUCACGAUGCAGCUAGAUAGAGAGUUCCUGAGGCACGACAGUGAUGCAUUGGACUCUGUCACCCCCACUGCAGUGGUGGCAGACUUUGAGAAUCAGGAUGUGAUUGUUUCCAAUGAGCAGGAGUUUGACCCUCUUUGGAAGAGGCGGAAUGUCGAGUGCCUUCAUCCCCUGACUCGCCUGAAAAGGCAGCUCAGCUACAGCGACUCAGAUUUACAGAGGGCCGAGUCGCUUCUGGAACAGUCAGGGACUCCGUGGACGGUGCCUGCUCAGGUCCCCUCGUGCCCCAGGCUGCAGACGCCUGUAAGCCGCUGUGAUGCCCCGCAGACUCCACAGCUAGAUUUCAAUAAGGCAACGCUGGUCUGCAAUACAUUUUCUUUCUGGAAUCAGGCUAAAUUUGGAGGCCUAGAAGGACUCAAAGAUGAUAGGUCACCAAUUUUCCAUAGGAAGACUGUUUCAAAGGAAGUACAGCGGAGUAGAACCUUCUCUUCUGGUGUUUCAGGUUCAUACAAACCUGGGGAACCAGUUACACCCAACUUUGCAAAUCUCCCUAAGGAGCCACACCGUUCUCCCCAGCAAGGGACCCAGUGUCAGUGUGAAGCUCCUGGUGGUUGCAGCCCGCGUUGUGAUGUGGAGGACACUGAGAUGUGCUGCAGCCCUGUGGGCUGUGCCUCCAGCCCCAAAGCACAGUCCUCUGUUGGACCAGAAACCCAGGCCAGCAAAGAUGAGCCUGCCGUCACUCCACACACCACUGUGCAGUCUGAACUGAGUGUUGAAGAAAGGAGAAUACUGGCAGCCAAAGCCCUGGCAAACCUAAAUGAGUUUGCAGAAAAGGAGGAAGUGAAAAGGAAGGUAGAAAUGUGGCAGAAAGAACUAAAUUCCCAAGAUGGAGCUUGGGAAAGAAUAUGUGGUGAAAAGGAUCCUUUCAUCCUGUGCAGUUUGAUGUGGUCUUGGGUGGAACAGCUGAAGGAGCCUGUGAUCACCCAAGAGGAUGUGGCCAUGUUGGUUGACAGACGCGCGGAUGCUGCAGAAGCGCUGUUUUUAUUAGAGAAGGGCCAGCACCAGACUGUUCUUUGCGUGUUGCACUGCAUAGCAAGCCUGUGGACGAUUCCCGUGCAUGUGGAGGACGCCGCCCUUGCCCACGCCAUUAAAGCGUUCACUAAGGUUAAUUUUGAUUCUGAAAAUGGACCAGUAGUUUACAACACCCUGAAGAAAAUAUUUAAACACACGCUGGAAGAAAAAAGAAAAAUGACAAAAGACAGCCCUAAGCCUAGUGUUGAGUGAAGCUGACUUUCCCCUCACGGUGAAUAUUUCAGACCUGAAGAUCCAGGCAGCAUUCCUGUUCCGAGGUGAACAAGUUAAAGUGUGGAGCUGCUUUGUCUCGUAGCACUUUAUUUCAGAUGCUCUUGGUUUGUGCUAAGAAUGACUGUUCCUAUUUGGAGCAAUUAUUUAUUUUAAAAUAUCAUUGAGCUACAUUUUUCUGUUGAAAUUGCCAUGAAGUUGGUGCCACUUUCUUUUAUUUAUUUAAGUGAAUUAAUAUUGUUAUACUAAUAUUUUAAGUAUGUGGUGUUUACAUCCUAUUCUUUUUGCAUUUUGGAAAACAUUGUAACUCUUCUUUCGAAAACAAUUAUCUUGUUGACGGAACUCUUUCUAAAAUUUUUACCAAAUAGAUAAUAUUAAUAGUAAAACCUCACUGUGUAUCCCUCCCCUGAUACCUGACCCAAGGAAGUCACCAAAUGUCUUAAACAUUUUUAUAUUUCUUAAGAAGGCUAUUGAUACAUUUUUAAAGGAUUUUUGAAAAUAUUGUUUGAAAUUUUUCUUCUUUUUUUACAAAUGUGGCAAAGCUUUUCAAAGUGUGUUAUUUUUCAGAGUGAUUUAGUUUUAUACUAAAGGAAUGGCUGUGACGUGGUGAGGAUUCUUAACUUGUAGAAGGUAGACUUGCCCUUUGUCAGGUUUUAGACAACCUCAGCAACCUCUGCUCAGGAGCGCUUCUCACGUAUCAAGCCUUAUUCCCACUCCCCUGGGCUGCUGCUGUGCCAAGUAGCAUCUUUACAGAGGAAAUUGGAUCAGUGGCGGGCACUGCGGGAAGCUGCUCUGAAGCGGAACUCCACAGAAAGGCCAGUCUCGAGGGUCGGCUCUGCAGGCUGCUCUGUCUGGGUGCAGUCCCUGCUCCCGGAGUCACGUCCAUGCUGCCUGUGUGGUAGAGUGCGCACUGGACUAAACCCCACACCUGCCAUUCCACACACCCAGGUGCCUCAGCGCCCUACCUUUGGCUGCUUUUUAACUACGAGAAGUGAAAUUUUUAAACUGUCUUGGUCCCACUUACGUUGCAUUCACCCUACUGGCUUUAGAUAAGAAGUAGCCGCUUAAACUAGUUCCUUGUAGAACCAAACUAGCAGUCAGCAAUUGAAACUGUAACUAUUAUUUAAAUAAACAGGUGGGGUACCUGAGGCCAAGCCACAGAGAGGAUUGGAGUUUUCCCAAUAAAGAUAAUAUUAGUCAAACCAGUUUCAAACUAAAGAAGCUACUACUUAAUCUUAAAGACAGAACUUCAGGGAAAGCAAGACUAAUAUACAACAAAUAAAAUUUCUCCAACUCUUGCAUUUACAAAUCGAGCUCUAGCGCAUGAAAAAUAUUUUAGUCAUUAUUAGUCUUACUAACUCUGAUGGCAAACACUAAAUGCCAUUGUCUCCUACACUGUUUGAAUUUUCUUAGGAAAUCAAAUUCAGUGAAUUUUAAUGAACUCAGUUGUCCAUUCCUGAAAUUUCUCAUUUUCAAGUGCCUGAUCUGGGAAAGUAGGGGAGAAAACAAUUACAUUUUAUCCAAAGGUACGUUGUAAAAAUGUUUUUUACCCAAAAAGAUCUGUCCUCAUCUCAGUCAGUCUCACAUGGGCAAGUGGCACCAUGGUUCAUUUGAUGAGUGGUUAUUGGCCUGUGCAUCUGAAACGACCAUUUCAAAUUAAAGGAUAGACUCUGUACAGCUAUGAUGUGACCGUGACAGUGCAUAUCUAAAAUCUGAGUGUGUCAGCCUGAGAAGGAGAGAUGGUGGGAGAAUUCAUGAGGCUGUAUACAAUUGUUGUAUUUAUCUGAAUAAAAGGGAAAAG